AUGGGCAAGAACCAGUUGAGGCGGGCUAGGAAAAAGGCUCUUAAAUCACAGGCGACUGAGACGUCCUCAAACACACCCCAGGCGCAGGCCCAGGUCGAUGAAAACAUAUCGCCAAGUGUCUCCAAGGCUGCUAGUACAGAGCUACAAAUCACGGUGUUCCCGGAUUCUGCCGAUCCACUAUGGCAGAUGUAUAAGGAUAUCGUUGACAAAUUUGAAGAACCCGAAGAUGAAAAAUCGAGUUUGAAGGAGCCUCCAAAACCAGAAAUCUACUUUGACGAUGAUAAUGAAAUACCGGAUGAGGAAGAGAAAGAAUCUUCUAUAUCGAAACGGAAGCGAAAGGAAUUAAACAAGCUUUCUGUCGCCGAACUGAAAGCGAUGGUCCGAAGGCCUGAAAUAGUCGAAUGGACGGAUACAUCAGCCCCUGAUCCUCGGUUGCUUGUCCAUUUAAAGGCACAACGCAAUGUUGUCCCCGUGCCUUCGCAUUGGAAUCUGAAACGGGAAUACCUGUCUUCCAAGAGAGGUAUAGAGAAGCCACCAUUUGCUCUUCCCAAGUUCAUCCAGGAAACCGGAAUCUCGGAGAUGCGCGAUGCUGCAUUGGAGAAACAGGAGCAGGCAACGUUGAAACAGAAACAGAGGGAGCGAGUUCAGCCGAAAAUGGGAAGAUUGGACAUUGAUUAUCAAAAACUAUACGAGGCAUUUUUCCGGUUCCAGACUAAGCCGGAGCUUACACGGUAUGGCGAAGUCUAUUACGAGGGCAAAGAAUACGAGACCAAUCUUAGACACCUCCGGCCGGGUGAGUUGAGUGCUGAGCUGAAAGAGGCGCUUAAUAUGCCACCUGGCGCCCCUCCUCCUUGGUUAAUCAAUCAACAACGAUACGGCCCGCCCCCUUCUUACCCGGCUCUGAAGAUUCCAGGUCUCAAUGCCCCUCCGCCCCCUGGCGCUAUGUGGGGAUAUCAUCCUGGAGGUUAUGGAAAGCCUCCAGUCGAUGAGCACAACAGACCUUUGUACGGUGGCGACAUAUUCGGUGUGCUACAACCCCAGCAAUCCGUGCAGCAGGGCGAACCCGUCGAAAAAGACCUUUGGGGAGAAUUGCAAGAACCAGAUAUCUCAGAGGAUGAAAGCGAGGAAGAGGAGGAAGCAGAGAGUGCGGAUGAUGAUGAUGUCGAUGACGUUGAGGCAGGAGUGCAGACCCCAAGUGGAUUAGAAACCCCCAGUGGGUUGGCUUCUGCUGUUCCAUCUGAGAUGACGGGUCCCAAGAAUAUUGCUGGUGAGUUCGACGUACGAAAGCACUAUCGGGGAACUCAGACCGAAGAGUCGGUGGGCCAGAGGAGCGCUUUCCAGGUCAUUCCAGAGAGACAGACGCAAGUACAGGGGUUUUUCGGUGCUGAUAGGGCAUAUGACCUUGGUGCAUCCUCGAACACUCUGCCUGUGCUCGGCUCUGAUGACAGUGGCAAGAAACGCAAAAGGCCUGGAGACGUUGACGUAUCUGUUGAUCCCGAUGCAUUGCACGCGAACGAUGGCAUUGAUCGAGAGGAUAUAAAAAGGUUAUACGAUUCCCAGAAAAAACAAAGCAAUCCAGGCUGGGAUUUUCAGGAAGAUCUUAGCGAUAUGAUUGCGCAUGAGAGCCGAAAGAGGCUGAAAUAG